AUCUAUCCAUAGAUCCAUAGUGAUUGCUGUACUGUGUAGUGUGUAAUUUUUAAUAAGUGUUUUCGUUUGAUCUUGGUGAUAUGUUGUUUUGAAAAAAAAUAAUGCUUGAAAAUUAAAAUAAGGUUCAACGGGAUAUUUUGAUUUAUAUACUAAAAUGGCGACAGUAUUUGAUAGCCCAUUUAUUCGACAACGUUUACAUCGGUUACGGCAUCGUGAUUUCGAUUUGGAUGAAGAUCAGCGAUUUGGUAGAUGUGACUGCACCAGCUAUUCCUAUUUCGUUCUUUCGAUGGUUUUAUUUUCAGUGGGUACAGUUAUAACUGUCCUUGCUCUUGGUGAUGCUGAUGGCUAUAUUUUAAGUAAUUUAGGACACAUGUGGCUCGUUGGACCCAUAUUUAUUUGUUCAGGAAUGAUGGUUGCAGUAAAAAGCAUGUUAUAUUUGCGAAGAAAGAGUGUAAUUCAGAUGCUCCUACAUCAGCGUGCAAUAAUAAGAGACAUGGCAACUGUACAAGCAGAGCAGGCUUAUAGUGGUCAAGUGCCUCGGACAGCUUCAAGUGCGACCUUGCCACCUUCAUAUGAUGCAUUAAUAGCUAAUGCUGCCACAAGCAAACCUUCGUGCUCAGAGCUUCCACCACCCACUUAUGAUGAGGCAAUGUAUCUUAUAGAUGAUGAGAAAUAUCAUAUUGAUAAGAAUGUAAUCGCAAAACAAGAAACUAGCAACCAAACAAAUUCUAUUGACGAUAGCAAGCCUUGAAGAAUAUACAUAUGAAUUUGCCUUAGGAAAUACCUACUUAAUUAUUUUUUCUUUGUACUUAUGUUUUUAAAGAUAGUCAACCUUAUUGAUAGUAUUCUCUAAUGUGCCUAAAAUAUUUAUUGUUGGGCAGUUGUUAUGAUGUUAUAAUUUAAACAUUGUAAAUUAGAGUAAGAAAUAUGAACUUAUUUACAUGAAUUCAAAAUUGAUAAUUGUAAGAUACUGUGCCUAAUAUCAUGCAUAAGUUAUUAUAAUAACUAUUUUACUUAACGUUGCUUUACAUAAGUAUUAUCAAUAAUGAAUACUUAAAAUCUUGUUAAUAAACUUAAAAAAGUGAUUAUUGGCUUGCAUCUGUGAUUAAAAUGCCUAAACGUUAAUAUACAAAGCAUACAAUUGUUAUGAGCCUAUAAGAGUUGACUUAUAUUAAUAAGGUUUGUACAGUGGUGUAGUAGUAAGAGAUUCUUAUAGCAAUAUAAAUGUAAACAAGUCAGUGGAAGAAUGUUGAUGGAAAAAACCUUAUAAUAAAAAUAAAAAAACAGUUAUUCCAAAUAAUGAUUUAAUAUAGGUUCAUACAAAUGGCACUUAAAAUAAUGGAAUGUGUUUUAAAUCUAAAACAUACAUUAUUUAUUUUAUUAUCUCGAAUAUUAUUUUCAGUGUUCGACUUUUAACAUAAAUACUUAGUUAUUUAAGUUUUAAAUGUGUUUAAAUCUUUGUCUUUAAAUAUUAUUGUUUUUUUAACAUCCUUGAUCUUCCUACUUUUUCUUGGUUCCUAUUUAUAAUUGUUUUUGUUAAUGCAACAAAACUGUAAUAAAGUUUGAUAAAGUUGAUACACAAUAGCAUUUGUUUUGUUAUAUUCUGCUGAUAAUGUAGUAAACAAUCAUAGGAUCAUUGGCAAUUAUUGUUAAGAGGUUAAAAAUCAACUUAAAUGUUGUGAAGACUGAAGCAUUUACAAUUUACAUUGUUGGAAAUUUAUUACAAGAACAUUAUAAUUAUUAUUAUUGUACAUAGAAUAAUGUUGAUCUGAUUGAUGUGACUUCCAUGGAAUGAAGAAUACAUCUAUAUUUAUAAAA